CUUUCUAGAAAAAGUAUGAAUUAGACAAUAGAAAUGGGUUCAUCUUCCUCAGCGUUCAGGAAUAAACAAACUUCUGUUAUUAAACAUGAUGAUGCACAAGUUUCUUUACAAACAGCGACAUCCAAUGGUUUGAAUACUGCUGCAAAUAAAAGCAUCUCUAGUUUAGAUAGAGAAAUAUCAGCUACAAAGAUAAGCGCCAAUAAUGAGGACAAUUGUAAUCAGCUUGAUGAGGAUGUAUCUACGGUAAUAUCAACUAAAUCCAAAGCGAGUUUAGAUAUCAAACCCAUAUCAAAUAGUAUUUCUGAAGUCACAGUUUCUCAAGACGUAAUCGCUAAACGAAGUAACGAAGAGGAAGGUAACAUAUUUUCGAAGGAAAAAGCAAACAUACCGCUGACGGAGAAAGUAAAAGGAAAAGGGCCGGGUGGACAAGAAGACGGAGCAAAAGAAACAGAAGAAGAAGCAGAAAGUAUUGAAAUGGAUCUAAGUGAGGGUGAACAAGAAGACGGAGCAGAAGAAACAGAAGAAGAAGCAGAAAGUAUUGAAAUGGAUCUAAGUGAACUUCGCAAGUUCAAAGAAGAAAGUUUUGAACAUCUGAAAACAAUUUCUGAGAAGUUCAGCGGGUUAGAUGUUUAUUCCGAAAAGGUUGCCCCGAAACGGAAGGAGAUAGUAGAAGAGAUGGAAUACAUUUUGUCCCUUCAUAGUAUCCUCGAGGAUAAAACUCAUAUCGACGAAAGUGUAAAAUUUCGCAAAGAGAUUGCCGAGUUCUUUAUUGAAUCAAAUUUACUAAACAUCAUUUCGAAAAUAGUCAUUGACUGCCCAAUUGAUGUGGAUUAUUGCAAAACUGGAGUCACAGAAAAGAGAAUGUUAAAAUUGGCAUUCGAUUUGCUGUUUAAUUUUACGGAUGAAUCCGAUGUUUUAGCAAAUGAAGUGGCUAAAACUGGAGUAAUAGACACCUGCAAAACAAUUCUAGAGGCUCAUUGCAAACGGCAUGUUAACGACGACGUAACGGAUUUCACAAACGAAAUCAUAGACUGUUGCACAGGUGUAAUACAGAACGUUUCUGUCAGAAAUUGUAACGUAGAACGCCUUAGAAGUCUCGACUUUACAAAAGUGUUACAGCCAUAUCUAAAGUCUCCAAAUGAGGAUAUAAGUAUGACUGCACUUACCAUACUAGCAAACAUUGUUAGUGAAGAAGAGUGUUAUAUCAUAGGAGCGCACGUUCUUCUCGUGGCACGUUUGCUGAUAGUUCUGGAGAGGGGUUUAGAAGAAAAUGACCGUAGAUGUUCUGGAUGGUCCUGCAAGGAAUUAGGAUAUGCCGUGAGGAACCUUGCAAGAAAUGAUGCCAACAAGAAACUUCUGUGGAAUCUCAAUGCACUCCAAAUACUUGUUAAAAUGGCGAGAACUGGGAAUGAUGAGGAAAUAUAUGAAAGCGUUCAUGCUAUUUGGGCUCUUGCGUUUGACGAAGAAAUACGCAAAAAUAUAACUUCUCACCAAGGGACUGGAGUGGUAGAGUUAUUGUUAGAUUUGCAAAAGGAAACAGAAAAUUCUGGCAUCAAAAAUGCAUGUACAAAGACGUUAUGGACGUUACGGGAAGAGCUAAAGACCUCACCAAUAGAUGCAUACAAAAAAGCAGUUGACAAAAUUCCUUCAAUGCCAAUAUCUGACAAUCAAGAAGGUCAUAUCAUGAUAUCGUAUCAAAGCGCAGAUAGAGAGAUGCUUUGCAAAAUAAAAGCAAUAUUGAAGGAACACAAAUUUAAGGUAUGGAUGGAUGUUGAUGAAAUGUGUGGAUCUACUCUUCAAGCAAUGGCCGAUGCUGUGGAGAAUGCAACUGUUGUUUUACUUUGCUAUUCAAGGAGAUAUAAAGAAAGUGACAACUGCAGAUUAGAAGCGGAAUAUGCCCAUGAACGAAAGAAGCCAAUUGUUCCCUUGAAGAUGGAGCUCAAUUAUAAGCCUGACGGUUGGCUAGGAUUGAUGUUGGGGUCCAAGCUCUACAUAGAAUUUACUAAGAAAUAUGUGUUUGAAGAAAGAUUGAAAAUCCUUUUCAAAGAAAUAUCAAGAAUAUCCAAACAGGACGGAGAAAAUAAACCUCAGGCUAUGGUACCUAUUUUACCAAAGGUUGAUCAACCAGUUACUUCAAAACCAGUUGACGAAGUAGAUUCGGCACCUCAUGUUGUAGCAAACAAAGAACAGACCGAUGUUAUAUCUUCUGUGGAACAAAUAAGACAAUGGAGCAGAGAUGAUGUUCUUGAAUGGCUGACACGCAAUGACUUGAGAAGGCAAGGACUGGAGAAGCUUACAGGUGAAGAGAUAGCGUUAUUGGUUAUAAUGCGGAUGGAGGCAUCGGAACACUUGUAUGACUGUAUCCGAAAUGAUCUUAAAAUCAAAACACUGCUUGUCAAAGCGAGGCUGGUCUGGGCGUUAAACGACUUAACCAGGCACAUAAAGAAUCCACAUGUUGCUUUUUAAACAAAAAACGAAAGCAACAUAGUUUUGAUAGCAGAAAUAAGUUUACAACGUUAAUUUGUUAAGAUCGUCUGCUGUUCUUGCUCACACGAACGCCUUUUCUUUAAUAAUGAUGGCAAUUUUGCUUUGAGUUUUUCUUUAUUUUAAAUAUUACAGGUAUAUUUUGCUGUAUGUUAGUUUUGUACGUGAUACACUGAAAUUCCAGUUUUGUAACGUAAAUGAAAACAAAGACUCAAAGCAUAGAUUAGCAUUUGCUCUUUGGCGUUUAUAGCCGCAGCAGUUUUAAGCUCGCUUUGAAGACUCACAGUGACCAUCGUCAUGUGACAAAGUUGAAAAAAAUCAAAUAUCAUAGGUAUAUUUGCGAAGGUCUUGCUAAAUAGACGGCAGUAGAAAGGGUUUUCUGGUGACAACCUCUCUCUUUAGUUUAAUAAACAGCAGUUCCAAUUCAAGAUUAUUUUCUCCUUUGGUGUUCAUGUCUGGAAAGGAACUACUUCGGAUGAUUUUAAUUCCAAAAACAGCAUUCUUGGAGUAGAUCUGAAAGAUAUUACCAAAACGAAAGAAUAUAUAUUUGCGGAAUAAAAUGGUUUUGUCUACAUCAGCUGUUUCAGUCACGUGACCAUGGCUUUCUUGCAUUACGAAUAGAAUGCCGUUUUCGCCGAAUCUGCACUAUGGAUAGAUAGAUCUUUAAAAGAAGGAUAGUAUUGAGGCUGUGUUAGUCAUAUGAGCAAUGAUAAAAUUAUACAUGAAAUCACGGAGUUUUGACACUUGUCUUGAAAUCGUUUCAUUCAGUUGAGUUGUUCGAUUGCCACGAUUGUCAGAAAGUAUUUUCUUUUAAAAGUUCUUCAUGCCCCUGGGAUAAAAUGAUCAGGGCCAUAUUGUUAUGCUCUGUCUAACACAAAGUUUAAUCUUGCUUAUAAGUUAUUCAUUUCUUGAUUGAUACAUCUGAAACUCCCACACAUUACUCCUAAUCACAAGUCAUUCAGACUGAUGUGUAGGCAUUUCACAUUAUUGCCAUAUUUUCAAAUUUUUGACAUAACUUUUUUCAUUCUUUUAUGGAUCUCUUUCAUAAGUUCAGACCGUCAUAGUCAUUUCAUUUUAAGGGUCAACGCUUACCAAAUUUAUACAUACUUUAUUUUUAACUACACUGUGCCGACCUUCAUUUUUAAAGAUAUUUCUUGUUUAUCUGUGACAUUUUUGUACCGAAGCGUAUUUAAAGCCGUCAGUAGCUUUUAAAAAGUGCUAUUCCUCCAGGUGUUUGUUAGUUAUUCAAUGUUUUAAAGGAUAGUACACGAUGCAGAAAAUGCACCAAUUUCUUGUUUUCUCAGUUCUUUUCAGUUCUUUAACGUACAGUGUAAGAAGCACACUACAUGGGAAUUCGAUUAAAUCACAUCUGCAAAACUAAGUAUCUUAACAUGAGUGUUCCCCCACAACAUGUCUACCCUCUCCGAUGUGUUUCAUCACGCGACCCUUCGCAGAUGAAGCCAGCGGACCAACCGCUGAGCUGUAGAGGACUUCUAUAAUAUUACUAAUUGUAGCUGAUAAUGUUGCCAUAUUUUUGUGACACGAUGCUUACAUAUAAGUAUUAAGUUAUGUAUUUCAAUGUAUUUAAUUAACAGAUUAAUAAAUAUAAACUCAU